AUGAACCUGUACGCGUCUUUGCUCUUCCUCGGUGUGAGCGCCACGUUAGUGCACCACAUGAGUGGCUUGCUGGUGCUGCGGGGAGGAGAGCAGGAGUUCCAUGGCCUAGUGAAGAAGAGCAUCGACCUCCGUCUCGGCAGCCACGUCAAGAGGUGUGAGAUCCGAGGAAGCUGGAACGACUGGCGGCCGAUCGAGAUGCAGCUAGUCGACCCCAACCAGAAGAUCUGGAGGAAGGAGCUUGCGCUGCCCCCGGGAGAGUAUCAGUUCAAGUUUGUAGCUGAUGAGCAGUGGCUGUGUGAUCCAAGCUUUGACGUCAAGAAGGACAAGGAUGGUAUGGAGAAUAACGUGCUCGUGGUUGAAGCGUCAAGGAUAGAGAUUGAGAGCGAGCAGCCAGUACCCAGAGUGGUGUACUCAAACGAGUGGUAUGAUCAAGAGCAGCAGGAGCAGGAGCAGGAGCAGGAGCAGGAACAGGAGCAGGAACAGGAGCAGGAACAGGAGCAGGAGCAAGGGCAAGGGCAAGGGCGAGAGCCGGACGAGGGCAUGAAUAUAAUCAGAGAUAAGGAGGAAGAAGUUGUUUCUGCUACAGGUCCUCGUCCACAAGUGGAUCUGCGUGUCUCCUCUGGGAUGCAAGAGCAGAGCCAGACACAAGCAUCCCCGCAGAGUUUUUCCAUGACGCAAGCAAGCGGUUCAAACGUGGAUGUGAAGCAAGUCACGAGCAACAACGCCGAGACAGAUGAAGCUGAGUGCGAGCAAUACACGGAGAUAGACGAGGAGAGUGCUCAGAAAGCUAACCAAUUGACUGAGCAGCUCGAAAAGAUCAUCAUCAGGGCGCAAGAAGCUCGAGAGUUAGCGUUAGCAAGAGCAAACGCCAGAUUGAAACCAUCCAUGGCGAAGUCUAUUGAGAAGGGCGACGACGAGAUUUCAAACGUGAAUGCAACGGAGGCAGAGGAAAGAGUUGCUGAGGAAAGGCAACAGAAUGCCACCAACCAUGAGAUGGAGUUGAUUCAGAGAGUGAAGAUACUGGAGGAGAAGAGCAUCGACGAUAACCAGCGGCUGGAAAAUGCCAGAGAUGAGAUUCACUCGCUGAAGGAGAAGAUUUUGGAGCUCGAGGAGAGUCUGAUUGCCCAGCAGAGGCAGGCCAAUGAGAGCGCAUCUCAGCAAGCCGAUCUAGUUGAAAGGCAUUCUUCCUCAUGCGGUCUGCAGGGCCUGGAGGAAAUUUUGAAGAGCACGAAUGCAUCGCAAGUGCUCCAUGCGUGCUCGGAGAGUGCUGACAAGCUUUCGUUGCUCGUUGCCACGUCAUGGCAGCGACUUCGAAUUCAGUGCCUAGAUUGGUUCGCCAUCGUGAAGUUGCACUUGACUACGGCGCUGCAAGAAGUGAAAGACAAGCUGUCGCGCUGGCAAACGCCAGACGCUGCAAGCAGCUCGACAGGAGGAGCUUGA